AGUUCAAUUCUAAAUAAGCAACAGACAUGGCUGCUUCAGACGAGAUAAAACGUCUUGAAUAUUUAUCUCUGGUGUCUAAAGUGUGCACGGAGCUGGAGAAUCAUCUGGGAAUAAGCGAGAAAGAUUUGGCUGAAUUUAUUAUUAGUCUUGCUGAAAAGCACCCGACGUUUGAGGACUUUAAAGCAGUUCUGUCUAAAAAUGGAGCAGAUUUUACAGAUACACUUACUGGUAAUUUACUUAGACUUAUUCACACCAUGCGGCCUCAACCAUCCACAAGUAAAGCUCAUCAGUCAGAGUUCAAACCAGACAGAGAGAAGGGAAAGCUGAUAGAGAAAUAUCCUGCCUUAUGUAAACCAGAUGAUCCUGUGUGGAUAAUUCCACCAAGCCAGCCGGAUAAAGAUGACGAGCAUGUCGCAGCGGCAGCCAUGAAGGAGCUGGAGAUGCUGAUGCCUAACUUCAGUGGAACAAGCAGUGAUAACAGCUCUGCGAGGCCGUCGCAAGGUGACAGAGGCAGAGGUACGGAGGGUCAAAGCGGACGGAAGAGAAGCCGCUCCAGAUCCAGAGAUCGUGAGGGAGAAGCAAUCCCUAAACAAAGACGGAAACGGGUGUCUCGAUGGAGCGACCAUCCUCCCAGCCCAAGCAGAGUCGUCGUCAACAACAACAACAACAAGGAGGACAAAGAUUCAGACAGAUGCCGUGACAGACUCGUAGAUCGACCUCCUCCAGAGGAGCCGGUUGUAGGCGACAUCUACAUCGGCAAAAUCAGCAGUAUUAUGCAGUUUGGCUGUUUUGUGCAGCUAGAGGGUCUACGAAAACGCUGGGAGGGCCUGGUGCACAUCUCGGAGCUGCGCAAAGAAGGACGUAUAGCAAAUGUGGCAGACGUGGUCAGCAGAGGUCAAAAAGUAAAGGUCAAAGUGCUCUCGUUUACUGGAACCAAAGCCAGCCUUAGCAUGAAGGAUGUGGACCAGGAGACAGGCGAGGACCUGAACCCAAACCGGAGAAGAAACCUGGACACUGGACCCGGAGAGGAGGCCAUGAGGAACCCGGACCGCCCCGUUGAAGCCAGCAUGCUGGAGUUAGAGGAAAACACAACAGAACGCAAACGUCUCACCAAGAUCACUGACCUGGAAAAGUGGGAAGUAAAACAGAUGAUUGCAGCCAACGUGCUUCCAAGAGAAGAGUACCCAGAAUUUGACGAGGAGACGGGAAUCCUUCCCAAGAUAGAUGAUGAUGAAGAUGAAGAUAUGGAUAUUGAUCUGGUCGAAGAGGAACCACCAUUUCUGAGAGGACAGACUAAAUGGAGCACCAACAUGAGUCCAGUCAAAAUAGUCAAGAAUCCAGAUGGCUCCCUCUCCCAGGCGGCCAUGAUGCAGAGCGCUUUAUCUAAGGAGAGGAGAGAGCUGAAGCAGGCGGCGCGAGCAGCAGAGAUGGACUCAAUCCCGACCGGUCUCCACAAGAACUGGAUCGACCCCAUGCCUGAUUAUGAAGGAAGGCAGAUCGCUGCCAACAUGAGAGGUAUCGGUGCCAUGCCUCUGGAUCUUCCAGCGUGGAAGAAAUACGCCUUCGGAGGGAACCAGGUGUCCUAUGGCAAGAAGACAGAAAUGUCCAUCCUGCAGCAGAGAGAGAGCCUGCCCAUUUUCAAGCUUAAGGAGCAGCUCGUUCAGGCUGUCAACGACAAUCAGAUCCUCAUCGUAGUUGGAGAAACCGGCUCCGGUAAGACCACACAGAUCACUCAGUACCUUGCAGAGGCCGGUUACACCGCCAGGGGGAAGAUCGGCUGUACGCAGCCUCGUCGUGUGGCCGCCAUGUCGGUCGCCAAGAGAGUCUCUGAGGAGUACGGCUGUCGUCUAGGCCAAGAGGUGGGCUACACCAUCCGUUUUGAAGACUGCACCUGCACAGAGACGGUGAUCAAAUACAUGACCCACGGCAUGCUGCAAAGGGAGUGUUUGAUCGACCCCGACAUGAGCCAGUACUCCCUCAUCAUGCUGGAUGAGGCCCACGAGAGGACGAUCCACACCGAUGUGCUGUUUGGCCUUCUCAAAAAGACGAUAAAAAAACGCAAAGACAUGAAGCUGAUCGUGUCCUCAGCUACUCUGGACGCCGUGAAGUUCUCCCAGUAUUUCUUUGAAGCUCCCAUCUUCACCAUCCCAGGGAGGACUUUUCCGGUGGAGGUCCUCUACACCAAAGAACCUGAGACGGACUACCUGGAUGCCGGUCUCAUCACGGUCAUGCAGAUCCACCUGACAGAGCCUCCAGGUGACGUCCUGGUGUUUCUGACGGGUCAGGAGGAGAUCGACACGGCCUGUGAGAUCCUGUAUGAUAGGAUGAAGUCUCUGGGCCCUGAUGUCCCUGAACUCAUCAUCCUGCCUGUUUAUUCCGCUCUGCCCAGCGAGAUGCAGACCAGGAUCUUUGACCCGGCUCCACCCGGCAGCAGAAAGGUCAUCAUCGCCACAAACAUCGCUGAGACGUCUCUGACCAUCGAUGGAAUCUACUACGUGGUCGACCCUGGUUUCGUCAAACAGAUCGUCUAUAACUCCAAGACGGGAAUCGACCAGCUGGUGGUGACUCCCAUCUCACAGGCUCAGGCUAAGCAGAGGUCAGGCCGAGCGGGCAGAACAGGUCCAGGAAAGUGUUACAGACUCUACACGGAGAGAGCCUACAGAGACGAGAUGCUCACAACCAAUGUGCCCGAGAUCCAGAGGACUAACUUGGCCAGCACUGUGCUCUCUCUGAAGGCGAUGGGCAUCAACGACCUCCUGGCCUUCGACUUCAUGGACGCUCCUCCCAUGGAGACUCUGAUCACGGCCAUGGAGCAGCUCUACACUCUGGGCGCUCUGGAUGAUGAAGGUUUACUCACACGGCUCGGAAGAAGGAUGGCUGAGUUUCCUCUGGAGCCCAUGCUGUGUAAGAUGCUGAUCAUGUCCGUCCAUCUGGGCUGCAGUGAAGAGAUGCUCACCAUCGUCUCCAUGCUGUCUGUGCAGAACAUCUUUUACAGACCAAAGGACAAACAGGCCCUCGCUGAUCAGAAAAAGACAAAGUUCUUCCAGCUCGAGGGAGACCACCUCACACUGCUGGCGGUCUACAACUCCUGGAAGAACAACAAGUUCUCCAACCCCUGGUGCUUUGAGAACUUCAUCCAGGCUCGCUCCUUGAAGAGGGCUAUGGACAUCCGCAAACAGAUGCUGAGCAUCAUGGACAGGCACAAGUUGGACGUGGUCAGUUGUGGAAAAUCCUCGAUGCGGGUCCAGAAAGCCAUUUGCAGCGGUUUCUUCAGGAACGCCGCCAGGAAGCACCCACACGAUGGCUACCGUACCCUGAUCGACCAGCAGGUGGUGUACCUCCACCCCUCCAGCACGCUCUUCAACAGGCAGCCGGAGUGGCUGGUGUACCAUGAGUUGGUUCUGACCACCAAAGAGUACAUGCGGGAGGUGACCACCAUCGACCCUCGCUGGCUGGUGGAGUUCGCCCCGGCCUUCUACAGAGUCGGCGACCCGACGCGUCUCAGCCGACAGAAGAGGCAGCAGAAACUGGAGCCUCUGUACAACCGCUACGAGGAACCCAACGCCUGGAGGAUCUCCCGCGCCUUCAGACGCCGCUGAUGAUCUGCUGUGCCUUAAACUAACACCAGGUGGACAAAAUCAACAACACGCAUACUGACUGAGGCAGCGGAUGGCUGGAAAAUAAACAAAAACGUCGGGUUCUUCUGUUGAGUCAAUGAAAAUCAAAACCUCUGGACCUUAAUUAUUGAUCUCACUGAACAACUUUUCCCAGUAUUCCAAACUUCAUUUUGCCUUCUUGGGUUCAUUAACAUCAUCAGGUGGUCAGCCUGAAGUUUGUAAGCUUUACUUGUAUUUUCUAUGAAAUAUGUUACAUUUGAUUGAUUUCAGAUGAAUUUAAAAUCACAACCUUGACGUUUGUUUUUGAUAUCGGCUGAUAAACAUUUGCUGUACUUUUUUUUUGCUGCUUGGAUAUCUGCUUUAAUAUUAUUCAUCUAUGUCAGGACCAAAAGUUUGUUUUGGUAAAAGGAAUAUUUUAACAAA